AUGGACAGAUUCAAAGACAGAACUAAAAAGAUUAUGGACAUGUUACCAGAUGGAAAUAAAAUUAUUUUGGAUACUAGCAGCAAAAUGAGAAUUGACCAAAAUGAAGACUUUAUUGCAAAAAAUCCAGAAGACAAUGAAAACAUGGAAAAUAUAAUUCACAAAGAAAAUAAGGAAAAUAUUCAAGAUAACAGACAAGAACAACGAAUAAGCGGAGAAAAGCAAGUCCAAAUUGCAGCCGCAAAUCCAGAUGUUCCGGACGAAUUAGAACAAAUACCUCAAAUAAAUGAAAUUUCUGUGUACCAUGAAGACAAAAAUAGUAAUGAACGUAAUUUAACAACCUUGCAAAAUGUACUACCUACUAACAUUAUAGGUAGUGAGUUGGUAAUAAUGAAUAUUCCAGAAGUAACAGACAUGGUGAAUACUGAUGAAAUUUUUCCUGAAAAUUAUUUAGAAAAAAAUGAUAAUGUACUCUCCAGUUGCAUUCCAUUAAACGAAACUAAUGCCUUGGAGUUAGAAAAUAACAUUCUUAGCUCAUCUGAUAUAGUUGAGAAAAUAAAGUUACAAACGUCCACAAUGAAGAAAUUCGACAAAGCAGUGACAUUGAACGUGAGUUUAGGCAAUGAAAGAGAAAUAAAACAAGAUGCUAUCCAAGAUGAACAUAAUCUUAUAAAAAGAAAGAGAAGGAAAAGACAAUUUGUGAAUGAAGGAACAUGGAAUGAAAAUAAGAAGAAAUUGAAACGUGAAAAGGGGGAAAUUUAUUUAGGAAAAAGAAAGAUCAAUGGCCAGUGGAAUUAUAAUACAGAAAGAGAAGAAAGAAAAUUAAAAAAGCCAUUAAAAUCAAAUGACGUAAAAAGACAUAAAAACAGGCGAAAUGAAACAACAUCUAGAAGAAAAGAAUCUAUGGUUUAUCACAUGAAGAAGCAAGAAGAACUUAUCAGAGUUUGUAGACAGAUGUUUUUAAACACACAUGGCCUUAAGGAAAACAUGGUAUUGAACUGGUUGAAAAAAGAUUUAUCUGAUACAAUAGAUUCUGAAGAACAUAGUUCGGAAGAGAAGAUUACUCAUCCAAAGUGUUACAAAGAUUUGAAACUAAGUCUAACAAUAUUUUUUUCAGAACUGUCGAAGGUCGAGUCACAUUACUGCCGGUCUUCAUCGGACAAACUAUAUUUAGAGCCUAAUUGGAAACCCAAAGCCUCACUGUUUCAAUUUUACAAACGCUGGUGCCAAGAAAAACAAAUAGCCACUUCAUCAAUCGCUUCGUUUUGUCACGUUUUCGAGAAAAUGAACCUUUCUCUCUUUCGCCCUAAAAAGGAUGAGUGCGACAAAUGUGUGGCAUAUCGAAAUGGCAAUUUACCUGACGACGUGUUCAAUUUGCAUCAAGAAAAAAAAAUAGAAGCCAGAGAUGAAAAAAACCAGGAUAAGGAGUCCGCACAUAGAGUUUUUUGUAUUGAUCUACACUUCUUGAAAGAUCAUAUCGAGAGAGAUAUUGAGGCUGAACAAAAAAUUAUAAUGUACAGUGAUGGAUGUACAUCACAGAAUAGGAAUUCGACAUUGGCCAAUGCCCUUCUUAAUCUAUGCAUGGAUUCAAAAAUGACGAUCGAGCAGAAAUUUCUGGAAAAGGGGCAUACCCAGAUGGAGGCAGACUCUAUGCACUCUACUAUAGAAAGAAAACUUUGUCAUACCAAUAUUAACGUACCUGCCGACUAUGUUGAAAUUUGUAGAAAUGCACGUAAAAAUCCAAGAUCCUACACAGUUCAUUACCUAGACCAUGGAUUUUUUAAAGAUUUCAGCAAUCUUCUGUUUGUAAAAUAA